UGUGCCCUCUGUGCCUUCAGCCCACCCUAGACACAUUCCGGCUUGGGCUUAGCUCCGGUCAGACCGUACCUCAUGCUUCUUCUCUCGUGUCAGAUUCGGACGGCGAGGGGGAAACUGCUCCACGGAGCACUGUUGAGAUCGCGGUGAGAUGUCUGAUGCAAGAAGAGGCGAUAAAAAGCAGGCUGCCAGUCAAAGCCAAACAUGUCGCGGUCGAAGCGUUCGUUGUUGAUAGAUUUGGGUUGGAUGGAUUCGGGUUGGAUGGAUUGAGUGGAACCAAAGAAUGCAUGAGAGCCCGUGCUUUCAAUACUCCAACCAAGCUUUCUUCCCCUGCAGGUGCGCCCACGUUCGGUGCUCGCCCAGUGAAGAACGGCGAUUCCAUAGCACCAACGAACCACAGAGCGGGGACGCACAGGCUGCCCCAUGGCCCACCCACUCAUGCCACUGCAGCUUUCAGGCAGUAUUGCCAAUCCUGCCAAUCAGGCGCAGCACCAACCAAACCCGCCGAUGGACCGAUGCUGCCGAACCCCUCCAUCUCACUGUUCCAACAAAUGCCGUUGGCUGCCUUCGUAUCUUGCGACAGUUCUUUGGACCAUCUUCUCCAGAGCCUGAGCGACUGGCUUUGGCUCGAUUGUCGUUCUUUGGGCUGCUUGUCAGCGCCACGCCAAUCACCACUUGUCUCUUCGUUUUCACUUGUCUCUUCGUUUUCACUUGUCUCUUCGUUUUCAAUUGUCUCUUCGUUUUCGCAUCCGGCGCCUGGCUGACUUGCGUCCAAACCAACACGACUAAGCGCGUGCUGGGUUGGCGUUGGUCAUGAUCCGGUUCUCUGCCCGCCAAAAACGAAACACCAGCA